GUGCUAGUGAACACUGCCUGCUGUUUUCUGAUGCUGGUUGCUAAGCUAUUCCAGUAUAUGGUAUUUGGCCCUCUUCGUGUCAGUGAGAGACAGCAUCUCAAGGAUAAAUUCUGGAAUUUCAUCUUCUACAAGUUCAUCUUCAUUUUUGGUGUGCUGAAUGUUCAGACGGUGGAAGAAGUGGUGAUGUGGUGCCUCUGGUUCUCUGGACUUGUGUUUCUUCAUCUUAUGGUUCAGCUCUGCAAGGAUCGCUUUGAAUAUCUUUCCUUUUCUCCUACCACACCCAUGAGCAGCCACAUCAGAGUGCUCACCCUGCUCAUAGUCAUGCUCCUCUUCUGCUGUGGAUUAGCAAUCAUCUGUGGUAUUAUUGGCUACACUCAUGGCAUGCACACCUUGGCUUUCAUGGCAGCAGAGUCUCUGCUUGUGACAGUCAGAACUGCUCAUGUGAUUUUACGAUAUGUAAUUCACCUCUGGGAUCUCAACCAUGAAGGAACGUGGGAGGGCAAAGGCACUUAUGUCUACUACACAGAUUUUGUCAUGGAGCUAACCUUGCUUUCGCUGGACUUGAUGCAUCAUAUUCAUAUGCUGCUGUUUGGCAAUAUCUGGCUGUCAAUGGCAAGCCUGGUGAUUUUUAUGCAGCUGCGCUACCUGUUUCAUGAGGUUCAACGAAGAAUUCGGCGGCACAAGAACUAUCUGCGUGUGGUGGGAAACAUGGAAGCUAGGUUUGCAGUUGCGACGCCAGAGGAGCUAGCAGCCAAUAACGACGACUGUGCCAUUUGCUGGGACUCCAUGCAGUCCGCGCGUAAACUCCCAUGUGGCCAUCUCUUCCACAACUCAUGCCUGCGGUCCUGGCUGGAACAGGAUACAUCUUGCCCCACCUGCAGAAUGUCUCUUAAUAUCACUGACAACCAUCAUGUGAGGGAGGAUCACCAAAGGGAAAAUCUGGAUGAGAACCUGGUCCCUGUGGCAGUAGCGGAAGGCAGACCACGCUUGAACCAGCACAAUCACUUCUUUCAUUUUGAUGGAUCUCGAAUUGCCAGCUGGCUGCCCAGUUUCUCAGUAGAAGUGAUGCAUACCACAAACAUCCUCGGUAUCGCACAAGCCAGCAACUCCCAGCUUAAUGCUAUGGCCCAUCAGAUUCAGGAGAUGUUCCCUCAGGUUCCUUAUCACUUAGUUCUACAGGAUCUGCAGCUAACUCGUUCAGUAGAGAUUACCACUGACAACAUCCUAGAAGGGCGUAUCCAGGUACCUUUUCCCACACAGGCUGCUCCAUCCCCCACGACAGGCACUGCUGCUGCUCCAACCCCCACAGCAGGCACUGCAGCUACUCCGGCUCCCACAACAGGGAUUGCAGCUGAACCAGAGAACCAACCUGUUCUGGCAUCAGACACCCUUUCACUCAAGAAGAAAUACUGGAAGCAAAAGUCAACUCACCUAGUAAGGGAAGAAACUCUUCUGGAUGAGGCAGACUACUCUUCACAAGAAGAGGAGGAAGAAGAAGCAGAACUCAUAAAUGAGGGGGUAGCCCCCCGAUCCAUAUCCAUGACUCAGCUACAACACAUGCGAAAAGAUUUCAGUCGCCGUUCAGGCGAGUACAUUGCCACCUGGCUGCUCCGAUGCUGGGAUAAUGGGGCUGGUUGCCUGGAAUUAGAGGGUAGCAUAGUCAGGCGACUGGGAUCUCUUUGUAGGGAAGAGAGUGUUGACAAAGCGAUUGUAAAAGAGCCACAAAUCUUCAGCCUCUGGAAGCGACUCCUGUCAGGUGUGAAGGAAGGGUACCCCUUCAAGAACAAUGUUAUAUGUCACCCAGACAAGUGGACCACCAUGGAGAAAGGUAUCCAGUACCUGAGGGAAUUAGCUAUGCUGGAGGUGAUUAAGGAUGCCGUGAACAACAAGCAGUUAUCCACAGAUCCAGAUGAAGUCAGGUGCACAGUAUUUAUGUGGUGGAAUUUUGUACAGAGUGCACCACGGUUCUGUGCCAAGUCAUUGGCAGUAAUGACGAGGAAAGGGGUAGAGGAACAAACAGUGCAUGAAUUGGUUGUCCAACUCCGGCAAUAUGAAGAAAGUCAACCUUUCUCUGCUGUCUGGAUUGUGGAGAGACUGACUCAGGAGUUCCAGCAAUUCAAAGAGGAUAUGGGCUACUCCCCACCUGUACGGACCAGGACCUCAGCUGUUAGGAGUAAGCGUUCCUCUGCUCUAGAGAGAGGAUAUAGAGGAUACAUGUCACGGGCCACCCUGUGGUUUUACCUGCGUGACCACGGAGAGGACAUGAGGAAGUGGGAUGGGAAAUCUACUGUGACUCUAGAGGCACGGGUACGUGAGUUGCAAGGAAAACCAAUCACAAAAGGGAAUUCUUCCAGGAAGAUUGUUGCUUCCGCCUCCAGUAGGCAGUUCCCCAGACAGAGUAGAAGGGCUAACCUUAAUGAAGGGACUUCCGAUUCAUAUUUACAAGUUGUGAGUAGGAAAUACUAUGAUCGGUACUAGAAUGGCCCUGCCUUCAGCCAGGUGGAGGAAAGGAGCAACUGGGAUUACUGGACUGUGUGGAUUUGGUGGCCUGGCACAUCAGACUCACAGGAUUAUAAGGCUUUAGUGGACACCGGUGCACAGUGUACCCCAAUACUAUCAAACUAUAAGGGUGAAGAACCCAUCUGUAUUUCUGGCAUGACAGGGGGAUCCCAAGAGCUGACUGUGUUGGAGGCUGAAGUGAGCCUGACUGCAAAUGAGUGGCAAAAACACCCCACUAUGAUUGGCACCGUGGCCCAGUGCACCCUUGGCAUAGACUGUCUCAGCAGAGGGUAUUUCAGGGACCCAGAAGGUACCAGGGGGCCUUUGGUAUAGCUGCCUUGGAGGAAACUGAAGUUGUCCACCUUGCCUGGUCUCUUGGAGGAUCCUUCUGUUGUGAGGUUGCUGAGGGUCAGAGAACAAAAGGUGCCGAUCGUUACCAUAACGGUGCACUGGCAGCAAUAUCACACCAACCAAGACUCCCCGGUUCUUGUCUGUAAGCUCAUUUGUUGGCUGGAGAGCCAAGGGGUGAUCAGCAGGACUUGCUCAACCUUUAACAACCCCUUAUGGCCAGUGCGAAAGUUUAAUGGAGAGUGGAAACCAGCAGUAGACUACUGUGGUCUGAAUGAAGUCAUGCUGCCGCCAGUUGCUGCCAUGACAGACGUGCUAGAGCUUCAAUACAGACUGGAGUCAAAGGCAGCCAAGUGGUGCACCACAAUUGAUAUCACUAAUAAAUUUUUUUCAAUCCAUUUGGCAGCAGAGUGCAGGCCACGCUUUGCUCUUGCUUGGAGGGGUGUGCCUCAGGGGUGGAAACACAGCCCUACCAUUUGCCUUAGACUGAUCCAGGCUGCACUGGAGCAGGGUGAAGCUCUAGAACAUUUGCAGUAUGUGGAUGACAUCAUCAUGUGGGGCAAUACAGCAGAAGUAGUAUUUGAGAAAGGGAAGAAAAUAAUCCAAAUCCUUCUGAAAGCCAGUUUUGCCAUAAACCAAAAUAAGGUCAAGGGACCUGUGCAGGAGAUGCAGUUUUUAAGAAUAAAAUGUCAAGAUGGGUGUUGUCAGAUCCCAGUAGAUCUGAUCAAUGAAAAUAGCUAUGUCUCCACCAACAAGUAAAAGGAAACACAAGCUUUCUUAGUGUCGUGUGGUUUUGGAGGUUGCAUAUUCCAAAUUACUGUCUGAUCAUAAGCCCUCUCUAUCAAAUGACCCAGAAGAAAAACUUUCAAAUGGGGCCCUGAGCAACAACAAGCCUUUGAACAAAUUAAACAGCAGAAAGUUCGUGCAGUAGCUUUUGGGCCAUUCUGGGCAGAACAAGAUGUAAAAAUGUGCUGCAUGUUGCAGCCAGGGAGAAUGGCCCUACCUGGAUUCUGUCAGAAAGUACCAGGGUAGACUCAAAGCUGACCCCUGAGAUUUUGGAGCUGGGGAUACAGAGGAUCUGAAGCCUGUUAUAUCCCAACUGAAGAAGAGAUAUUGGCAGUAUAUGAAGGGGUUUGAGCUGCUUUGGAAGUGGUUGGGACCGAAGCACAGCUCCUCCUGGCACCCCGACUGCUGGUGCUGGACUGGCUGGAUGUUCAAAGGGAGGGUACCCUCUACACACCACACAACGGAUGCCACAUGGAGUAAAGUGGGUCACACUGAUCACACAGUGGGCUUGGAUAGGAAACCCCAGUUGCCCAGGAAACUUCGAAGUGAUCAGGAACUGGCCAGAAAGCAAAGAUUUUGGAAUGUCUCCAGAGGAGGAGGUGAUGUGUACUGAAGAGGCCCCACUGUUUAAUAUACUGCCAGAAAAUGAGAAGCAAUAUGCCCUGUGCAUUGGUGGGUCGUGUCAUAUGGUGGGAAAGCACCAGAGGUGGAAGGCUGCUAUAUGACAAUUUGCAGAAACUGCUGAAGGAGAAGGUGAAUCAAGUCAGUUUGCAGAGGUGAACACCAUCCGGCUGGCUUUAGAUACUGAUGAUCAAGAAAAAUCAUCAGUGCUCUAUCUCUGUACUGACUCAGGGAUGGUGGCGAAUGCCCUGUGGGGGUGGCUGCAGCAGUCGAAGGAGAGCAACUGUCCGUGCAGGGGCAAACCCAUCUGGGCUGCCACAUUGUGGCAAGAUCUUGCUGCCCAGCUGGAGAACCUGGCCAUCAAGGAAAAGAUGCAGCAUAUAGAUGGGCUUGGCAUGGAGGGGUGAACUUGUCUGUGGACACUAUCGCACAGGUUAUCCAUGAGUGUGAAAUGUGUACUGCAGUCAAGCAAGCCAAGCGUUUAAAGCCUCUGUAGUAUGGAGGACAAGGGUUAAAAUAUAAAUGUGGGGAGGCCUGGCAGAUUGACUGUAUCACACUCCUGCAAACCUGCUAAUGCAAGUGCCAUGUGCUUACAAUGGUGGAAGCAACCACUGGAUGGCUGGAAACAUAUCCUGUGCCCCAUGGCCACCAUCUGGAACACUGUUCUGGGCCUUGAAAAGUGAGUCUUGGGGUGACAUGGCACCCCAGAAAGAGACAACGGGACUCAUUUCCAAAAUGACCUCAUAGACACCUGGGCCGAAGAGCAUGGCAUUGAGCAGGUAUAUCACAUCCCCUGUCAUGCACCAGCUGCCAGCAAAACUGAACGAUCCAGUGGGCUCUUAAAGCCUCCACUGAGCAAUGGGGAGUGGGACUUUAAACACUGAGAUACACAAAGCCACUUGGUUAGUCAACACGAGGGGAUCUGGCAGUCAAGCAGGCCCUGCCCAAUCAAAACUUUUGUAUACUGUAGAAGGGGAUAAAGUCCCUGUAGUUCAUGUAAAAAAAUAGACAAAGGCAAACCCAUCCCUGGGAUUGCUUUUGCUCAAGGACCUGGGUGUACUUGGUGGGUAAUGUGGAAGGAUUGGGAAGUCCAAUGUGUACCUCAGGGGGAUUUGAUUUUGGGUAAGGAUAGCCAAUUAUUUGAAUUGUAUGAUAUUAAUUGCUGUGUAAUACCUUAUGCCAUUGCUACUAUGGUUGCUGUAUGCCAUAUCCACAGUAUUACAGUAAGAACCAUCCAGAUUAAUGAAGAAUUAAGUUUGGUGGGACCAGAAUUGGCCUCAGCAUGCAGCAAUCCAACACCCCAGACCAUCCCUCUUGCCCUGAAGGACUGUUAUCACAGAUGGAGCCCAAAGUCAUGGACUAAAUGAACUCAGCAGACAUUUUAGAGGGGUGGGCCGUGGACUAAAGGAGUGAUACAUCUCUGUGUAUACGAAAGGAUGGGAAAGGUCAGGGUGAUUAAUUGGGCUGUAUUGGAAAGUGUGAGACCUGGGCAUGACGUAGGUGGUAUAGAAUAAGGGGUGGAUAUUUUCCUGGUUUUGUCUGGCAUAGAGUUAACUUUCUUCCUAGUAGCUGGUAUAGUGCUGUGUUUUGGAUUUAGGAGGAGAAUAGUGUUGGUAACACGCUGAUGUUUUAGUUGUAGCUGAGCAGUGCUUGUACUAAGUCGGGGACUUUCAGCUUCUCCUGCUGCCCUGCCAGCAAGGAGACUGGGGGUGCACAGGGAACUG